AUGGUCGUGGAGCAGCUGCAGACAAAACUGAUGGCCGAGGUGAAGGGGCUCCUGGCAGAGCUGCGACAGGAACAGGGAAAGGACCGCGAAGGCUUCGCCAAGGAGCUCGAGUCCAUAAAGAAACAAGCAGCAGAGGACCUUGCAGCGAUGCGGACGGCCAUGGCGGCCGCCGAGGAGCGA